GUAAACGGAAAGUAUAAGGGGGUAUUUAAAAGAUGUAAGUCAUGUUAUUCACUCUGGAGAAGAGCAUCUGUUAAGCAACUAACAGAUGUAACACAUUAUUCUUUUCAAACAAGUGUAUCAGUUAUCAUUAUGAUUUUGAAUAACCUGGGAUAUUAGUUAAUGGCUGAUACCACAAUUUGGGUUUAUUUCCUAGCAUGCUGAAUAGCACAUGAUAUUUCUUAAACAUUUCAGUACGAUGUGGGCCCCCAGGACGGAUUACCUUUAAACGAAACUCAAGACAAUUGGUGAUACAGGUCUUUUGGAUGGACAAAAAUGUAAAUAAAUUCCUUGUUAAAUACCGAGAGUUGAACAGCCUCCCUUGGAAAGAGGUGGACUCCUGUGGGAAAAAGAAUUGCAGUGUGUAUAAUCUGACCUCGUCACUGUCUUAUGAAGUUAAAGUGCAGUGUGUCAAAGACUCGAAAUGCCACCAGUGCCCCUGGAGCAAUGUUGCCAUCGUUCCACCUGAGCUAACCAGUACACCUCUUAUAGAAAAAUUUGAUGUCAUUUCACAGAAAAUGGGGAAGAGAUUGAUAGUCGCACACUGGAAGCUCGCAAACAGUGAGGCUGUGUCUGGCUACAGAGUGGAGGUGGGGAAGGAAUCUGGGGAGUUCAGUCAGACACUAAGUGUCACCAAACCUAUGUUGAGUCUGAUCCUCUCGGGGUCGGCCUAUUACAUCAACAUUUCAGCCUUUAAUAGUGCUGGGACCUCACCCUCAGCUCACAGAGUGGUACCUGCUAUUACCAAUGCACAGGACUGGGGUUUGAAUGGGAAUCUGAACAUCACCUUCAGAAGCAACAACACGUUUGAGAUUUCCUGGAACCACACUUUGACUAGAACUUACUGGUGUUACUCUGUGGAGUGGGGUCUGAAGGGAGAGAAGAUGUCAUUCCACCCACUACAUCGAAAAAGCAGCAACCGCGAUGUUAUCUCUCUGAAAGCCCCACUGCAGCCCUACAAAAGGUAUGUGUUCCUUUUACACACAAGACCUGACAAAGACACCUGUAAUCUCAAGAGUAUCAACAACAGUGAGAGCACCAACGGCAGGACCGAGGCCUACGCCAAGGAAGGAACUCCAGCUAGCUCCCCUGGAAACAUCACCUGCUUGGUGAGCAGCACCUCAUUAGCAUUAGCAUGGAAGCCUGUCCCAGAGGAGGAUGCCUGUGGAUUCAUUUUAGGCUACAACUUAUACUACGCGGAGAAUGGCAAAGGGCAGAAUUCCUCAGUGGUUAUAGACGACGCUGGUGCAAAUGGCUACACUUUGUCUGACCUGAAAAGCCAAACUGCCUACGAGGUCCAGCUGUCAGCUUUCACUGCAGCGGGGGAGGGUGCGCGGAGCGCCUCCUUCUACUUCGAAACCGCAAAUCCCGGGUACAAGGCUGUAGAGGGUGCUGCAGCAGGGAUUGUUGGAGGAGUGGUGCUUCUCAUAUUGAUGGCCAAUCUCUCCUUCCUGUUGUGUCAAAGGGCCAAGAAAGUGUUCUGGCCAAACAUACCAAACCCAGGCAACAGCAAUGCCAUCCAAAAAAUAGAUGUUGCCUUUGAGCUGGAAGUACUGCAGCCCCUCAGCAGGGAGAUGCUGGCCCCGUUAGAGGAGAGUGACACCAGCAGCCUGCUCAUCAUUGAGGGAAUAGCCGAAACGCUCCCGGCCCCCGCCAGCCACCUGAGCGUCCCGGACCCGGACGAGCCGUCUCCGGCCAGCUCCGCGGCGGACCAGGAGAGCCCGUCUCCCAGCCAGCGGCGGGAACCCUCUCCCACUGCCACAGAGACCGUCGAGAGGCGGGCAGCACCGCCGGCAGCAGUGAGCGAUUACACCACCAUGGAGCUCUUCCAGCAGACCAUGGCUCAGCCCCAGGCACCGGGCCCCGGGAUGCAGGCCCAGCAGACCAUGGCUCAGCCCCAGGCACCGGGCCCUGGGGUGCAGGCCCAGCAGACCCAGCAGACCACGGCUCAGCCCCAGGCACCGGGCCCCGAGGUGCAGGCCUAGCAGACCAUGG